AAUCUGGCAAUGUUUGCUAAUGAUUGUCUAUUUCACAAUAUUUUGUAAUUUAUGUUUUAAAUUCUACUAAGAACAAGAACCAACAAGUUUUCAUACCAUUGCAUAUAAACAGAGUAUUUUUCCUCAAGUGUAUCGUGAAUGGUAUCCGACUCAGUAAUAUGACUGAUCUGUGAAUACUUAUUACUUUUUUAUUAUGGACUGUUGAGAUAUCCAGUUUCGAAUUUGUUACAUAUAAUUAUUUUGUUUGUAUUGUCUCAUUAAAUAAAAAUCUAGUGUAAAAUACGAGUACAUAGAUUUAUAUACGUAUUUUAGAGAAAAGAAAAUGCCGCCUAAAAUAGAUCAAGCUUCAAUAAUUAUUUUGGAUAUUGGGAAAAAUGUUGCUUUACCAGACGAAAAGGUCGGAAGUUUUUUUGACAAGGCGAAGGCGUGCGCGGCUCGAGUUUUGGAGCGAAAAAUUAUGAAUCAAGGAAAGAGCCUUGUCGGCUUGAUACUGUUAGGCUCAAAAAAGACACAGAACAAUAUGGCAAAAUCGUCUGAUGGGAAUUUCAAGUACAUAGAAAUGUUAGCCGAGUUACAAUCUCCCAGUUGGGAGAUGAUUCGUAAUUUACCAAACACCCCUUCCAAUAAGAAAGGUGACUGGAUAGAUGCUUUGAUUGUUGCUGCAGACCACUUUAAGAAUGGAAUAAGUGGUGUCAAAAUAGCAGAGAAAAAAAUUAUACUAAUGACUAACUUCAAAGCACCAACUUAUGCAGAUGCUGUUGAAAUUGAGCAAGUAUGCAAUGGAUUUAAAGAAGAGGAAUUCGAAGUUGAUGUAAUUGGACCCGAUAUUUAUGAAGACUUCGAAAAAUUUGAAGGUGAUUACAAAAUAGCUCGUCAUUUUGUCGAAAACACUGGUGGUGCAACAGCAACAUUUGAUAAUACAAUGAGAUAUCUAUUGUUCCAUAAAAAGAAAUCUGUUGGUGCAAUGCCAUGGAACGUUGAUUUAAGUAUAGGACCAAAUAUUAAAAUACCUGUUUCUUCAUUUAUUAAGUCCAAAGAUGAACCUGCUGUAAAGAAAUGGGGAAAAGCUGUGAAAGAUUCUAUGAGUAACACGGCUAGUUCUGCAGAAGCCAUUUUAAAACACAAAACAUAUGUAACAGAAAACCAAACCGUCAUUCAAAAUGAUGACAUAACAAAGGGUUACUAUUAUGGUCAAUAUAUUAUUCCCAAUAGCAAUAUUUAUGAAACUCCAUAUGAGUCUGGUGAAAAAUGUUUGUCAGUUUAUGGGUUUACUGAUGUAAAUAAUAUCAAGUGGGAAAACUUAAAUGGUAAUGGUAUAUCAUAUGUAUUUGGACGAAAAGACGAUAAGAAAGCUCAAUAUGCAGUAAGAUGUCUUGUAGAAUGUCUACUUGACCAGAAUUUGGCUGCUAUUGCUAGACGUGUAUAUAAUAAAGGCAAUGCACCCAAAAUGUAUGCUCUAUUCCCAGUAAUAGAUACAAAUAAUUAUAUUUGUCUAUCAAUGAUUGAAAUUUGUUACAAAGAAGACAUAAAAUAUAUGGCAUUUCCAGUUACCAACCUUAAAAAAUAUGAAUGUACAAACAAGCAAGUUGAAGGUUUUAAAAAUCUUAUAAAAGCAAUGAAUUUAUCUAAUGCGUAUGAUGAAACAUAUGAUGAUAGAGAAGCAUUUCCCAUUGCAGAAACAGUCAGUCCAUCUGUACAAUAUAUCUUAGAUUGUAUAGCAUUUCGAGCAAUGAAUCCUGAGAAACCUCUCCCACAGCCUAGAGAUGAUAUCAUGAUGUUAUUCAAAGUACCUCCAUUGGUAGAGAAGAGAAGCAGGGAUCCCCUUAAUAAUUUAAAAGAUUUGUUUAUUUUGAAAAAGAUAGAGCAUAGAGUAAAGAAUCAAAAAGAUAAUAGAGCUCCACUAUUGGAUAGUAAGGAUGACCAAACAAUAGUGGAAUUCAAAGAUCCAUCUAAUGAUAUACCAAAGGUCCAUCUGAAUGCAGCAAAAGGAAAUGAAGUAAUUGGCAUUGGAACAGAAAAUCCAAUCAUGGAUUUUGAAACUCUGUUGGAUAAACAUCAAACAGUGCCUGACCUUUCAUCACAGAUGUCUACCGCUAUUGAACGUCUAUUCUAUAGUAAUUUUGAUGGAAACUUUGGGAAAGCAUUGAACACACUAACAUAUUUUAGGAACAAAUGUGUUCAAACUGAUCCAUCAUGUUAUAAUAAUUGGUAUAUGCAGUACAAAAUAUCACUAGCUGAAUGUAGUAAUGAUGAUAUACUAAAAGUUAUUAAUGACAAGAAAUUAGGUUUUAUUUUGAAAGAAGAAAAUGUUUUAAGUACAUAUGAAAGUCCAGAUAGUCAUGAAGAGAGUCAGUUGUAUGAAAAUGAUACAGUUCCUGAUAUGACCGAGGUAACUGUAAAAUCAGAUGUUCAUGAUAUGUUUGAUGAGAUGUAGAUUAUUUAAAUUAUUUGAUUCAAUAAAUAAG